UACACUCCAGCUGGGAGGCCUCUCGAGGUUACGCUUCAUGAGUGUAAUCAGGUCUGUGGCUUAGCAGCAAGACUCAGUCAUAGAGGAGAGCCGUCCGAGCAGAAGAAAUGUCUCUACUGGAGGAUUGUGUUGCCUUCCUUUUUUCCAGUCCCACCAGUAUGUUGGGGGCUGCCGCUCUCCUGCUUCUUCUCUGUCUUCUUGUUUCCAGUAGUCUCAACUCAGAUGAGUCGCAGAAGGAGCCUCCAGGACCAAAACCUCUACCCCUGCUAGGCAACCUGUUGCAGCUAGACCUCAAGAGACCCUACAGAACGCUCUGCGAGCUUUCUAAGAAAUAUGGGUCUGUGUUCACGGUGCACUUUGGACCAAACAAAGUGGUGGUCCUGGCCGGGUACAAGGCAGUCAAAGAGGCUCUGGUUGGCUGUGCAGAAGAGUUUGGAGACAGACACAUUUUCCCCAUGUUUUACGAUACAAACCAAGGUCACGGGAUUCUGUUUGUAAACGGAGAGUCCUGGAAAGAGAUGAGACGUUUCGCCCUGACCACCCUGAGAGACUUUGGGAUGGGCAAAAGAAUAGCAGAGGAAAGAAUCUUGGAGGAAUGCCAACAUCUGAUCCAAAUGUUUGACCAGCAUAAAGGAAAACCCUUUGAUACAUCUCAUCCGACGAACUAUGCUACAUCAAAUGUCAUAUCGGCCAUUGUGUACGGGAGUAGGUUUGAAUACGACGACCCCCGAUUCACAAACAUGGUGCAAACAGCCAACGAGACCAUACGUUUUGUUGGUUCUGCACAAAUCGGGCUUUACAACAUGUUUCCCAGGCUGCUCUGUUGGAUCAAAAACAGGAAGCUGGUGAUGAGAAAUACUGCGAGGCUUGUCAAAAAUGUGAAAGAGAUAGUCAAGAGUCUAACAGAAACACUUAACCCUCAAUUAUGCAGGGGGUUUGUGGACUGUUUUCUGAUUCGAAAGCAGAAAGAAGAGGACACUGGUGUAGUGGACACCCAUUUCAACGAGAAAAACUUGGUAUUUUCAAUCACCAAUCUGUUUGGAGCUGGUACUGAUACCACGGCAACCACACUCAGAUGGGGUUUUAUGCUUAUGGCCAAGUAUCCACAUAUACAAGAGAAGGUCCAUGAGGAGCUGGACAGGGUGUUGGGAAGCCGGGAGGUGCGGGUAGAUGACCGGAAACAAAUGCCAUACAUCGACGCUGUCAUCCACGAGACACAAAGACUGGCCAGCAUUGUCCCCAUGAGUUUACCUCACAAAACCAGCCGAGACGUCACCUUCCAGGGAUACUUUAUCAAAGAGGGGACUAUUGUGUUUCCUCUGCUUACAUCUGUUCUAUAUGAUGAGAGUGAAUGGGAGAGCCCCUAUACUUUCAACCCUUCCCACUUUCUGGAUGAGGAGGGUAAAUUCUUCAAGCCUGAUGCCUUCAUGCCAUUUUCUGCAGGUCGCAGGGUGUGUCUUGGAGAAGGUCUGGCCAAGAUGGAGCUCUUCCUCUUCUUCACCUCCAUCCUGCAACGGUUCCGUUUCACUCCUCCACCUGGAGUUACAGAGGACGAACUAGAUCUCACACCAGCAAUUGGCCUGACACUCAACCCUUCACCUCACCAGCUUUGCGCUGUAAGUCGAGAUUUGUAAAGUGGCAUGAUAACUGCCAGAGUUUGUUAAAAAAAAAAAA